UGGACCGCAGUUCGAAGAGGAGACAAGUGAAGCCUUUGGCAGCUUCGCUGCUGGAAGCUUUAGAUUAUGAUAGCUCUGAUGACAGUGAUUUUAAAGUUGGAGAUGCUUCAGAUUCUGAAGGAAGUGGUCAUGGGAGUGAAGAUGCAUCAAAGGACAGUGGUGAAGGUUCCUGUACUGAAUCAGAAGAAAAUAUCUUGGAGGAGGAACCGGCAGAAGAGAAAGUAGAAGAGCAACAGCCAAAAAGCUCCACUGAAGAAGAGGUGCCAACAGCAGACAAAGACGUAAUUAAAACUGAAAAGAAAGAGCAAGAUGAUGAAGAAGAAAAGCCAAUGGGAAAAAGCCAAAAAAGAAGAUCUGAACCUGAUGCUGUGGCUGAUGAGCAAACAAAUGAACCAAAAAAAUGGAAUUUGCGCAGGAACCGACCUUUGCUGGAUUUUGUAUCGAUGGAAGAACUAAAUGAUAUGGAUGACUAUGAUAGCGAAGAUGACAAUGACUGGCGGCCUACUGCUGAGAAAAAAAAAGGAAAAAACGCACUGCGAAAAGAGGGGAGUGAUGGAGAUAAUGAGGAUGAUGAGGAUGAUGGGAGUGGAAGUGAUGAGGAUGACAAUGAUGAGGAAGGUAAUGAAGAAGAUAAUAGCAGCACGGCUAGUGAUGGAGGAUCCAAGAAGAAGAAGAGUAAAGUUCUUAACAGGAAUAAUGCAGAUGAUGAGGAAUUGACAAAUGAUAGCCUGGCUCUUUCACAAAGCAAGAGUAAUGAGGACUCAUUGAUCCUUGAGAAGUCUCAAAAUUGGAGUUCCCAGAAAAUGGACCAUAUUUUGAUUUGUUGCGUUUGUCUUGGAGAUAACAGUGAAGAUGCUGAUGAAAUAAUCCAGUGUGACAACUGUGGAAUAACAGUGCAUGAAGGUUGCUAUGGUGUUGAUGGAGAGAGUGACUCUAUCAUGAGCUCAGCUUCAGAAAAUUCUACGGAACCUUGGUUUUGUGAUGCAUGCAAAUGUGGUGUCACACCUAGUUGUGAAUUGUGUCCUAACCAGGAUGGGAUCUUCAAGGAGACUGAUGCAGGCAGGUGGGUCCAUAUUGUUUGUGCCCUCUAUGUUCCAGGAGUGGCAUUUGGAGAUAUUGACAAACUGCGGCCAGUAACGCUAACAGAAAUGAAUUAUUCAAAGUACGGUGCCAAGGAAUGCAGUUUUUGCGAAGAUCCUCGUUUUGCCAGAACUGGUGUAUGCAUUAGUUGUGAUGCUGGGAUGUGCAGAGCUUAUUUCCAUGUGACCUGCGCUCAGAAGGAAGGCCUCCUCUCAGAAGCAGCAGCAGAAGAGGAUAUAGCUGACCCUUUUUUUGCUUAUUGUAAACAGCAUGCGGACAGGUUAGACAGAAAAUGGAAGCGGAAGAACUACUUGGCAUUGCAAUCUUACUGUAAAAUGUCCUUGCAGGAAAGAGAAAAACAGCUCUCACCAGAAGCUCAGGCUCGAAUCAAUGCCAGGCUACAGCAGUAUCGUGCCAAGGCAGAGCUGGCCCGCACCACCAGGCCUCAGGCCUGGGUUCCCAGGGAGAAGCUACCACGACCACUUACUAGCAGUGCUUCAGCAAUACGUAAGCUUAUGCGCAAAGCUGAGUUAAUGGGAAUUAGUACAGACAUUUUUCCAGUGGAUACUUCAGAUACUAGUUCCAGUGUUGAUGGAAGAAGAAAACAUAAACAGCCAGCUCUCACUGCUGAUUUUGUGAAUUAUUACCUUGAGAGAAAUAUGCGCAUGAUUCAAAUCCAGGAGAAUAUGGCUGAACAGAAGAAUAUCAAGGAUAAAUUAGAAAAUGAGCAAGAAAAGCUUCAUGUGGAAUAUAAUAAGCUGUGUGAGUCCUUGGAAGAGCUACAAAAUAUGAAUGGAAAACUGCGAAAUGAAGGGCAAGGCAUUUGGGCUCUGCUGGGUAGAAUCAUUGGACAGAAAUUGAACAUACCAGCAAUUUUACGUGCUCCUAAGGAAAGGAAACCAAGUAAAAAGGAAGGAGGAACGCAAAAGACAUCUACACUUCCGGCUGUACUUUAUAGUUGUGGAAUUUGCAAGAAGAACCAUGAUCAACACCUAUUGCUACUGUGUGAUACUUGUAAACUCCAUUAUCAUCUUGGUUGCCUGGAUCCACCUCUUACAAGGAUGCCAAGGAAGACCAAGAACAGUUACUGGCAAUGCUCAGAGUGUGACCAGGCAGGUAGCAGUGACAUGGAGGCUGAUAUUGCCAUGGAAACCUUACCAGAUGGGACCAAACGAUCAAGGAGGCAGAUUAAGGAACCUGUGAAAUUUGUUCCUCAGGAUGUGCCACCAGAACCGAAGAAAAUUCCAAUCAGAAACACGAGAACUAGAGGACGAAAACGAAGCUUUGUGCCUGAAGAAGAAAAAGCCGAGGAACGGAUUCCCAGAGAAAGAAGACAGCGACAGUCUGUUCUACAAAAGAAGCCCAAGUCGGAGGAUUUAAGGACUGAAUGUGCUACCUGCAAAGGGACUGGAGACAAUGAAAAUCUAGUCAG